AGCGAAUCGGCCCGGUUGCAAUUUCCACAAUUGCUCCGCGCGUGUCUUGAAAAGUCGAGUGUGUGUCCUGAAGGAUAAUCGCUUGAAAAGACAUUUCCCUGCCACGGAUCACGGAUUUAAUUUGCAUCCUGCUGCGAGAUGAGAACUCUGCCAUUUUUGUUGGCGCUGGCGCUGCUGGUCAUUGGAGCCACAGCGACUGCCUCAUCCUCAUCCUCCAGCACCAGCACCACCACCUCGGCGAAGCCAAAAACAGAGGCCAAGCCAAAAGCUGAGCCAGAGAAGCCCACCAAGCAGCCUUCGCCAUCGGCGUCGCCCGCUUCCAAGGCCACCACCUCCACAUCCACCACCCACCAGUCGAAGACCGUAAAGCCGGGCGAGAAUCGUGGGAAGAGAACUCUCUAUGACUUUGGAAAUGCCGGCUAUUUGUAUCCGGAAAUAGCCUCUCGGAGGGCUGGCUAUGUGGACAACACGGCGAGCUACUAUCCGCAGACCGGCUACUAUAAUGGUCAAAAUGCAAUUGCUCAAUACCCCAACUUUGGGCCCGCCUAUGCUCAGUAUCCUCAGUACUUGGAGGCUCCGGAGCCCAUCAUCGAGAUCAUCAUCAAGGAUGCCAAUGAAACCUUACCCGAGGAGCCCGCCCAGCCGAUUGUGACCAAGAAGAAGAAGAAGAAGGAGAAGGUGCAUGUGUUCUAUGUGAACUACAAGAAGGAUCAGAACAACAAGUUGCACCUGGAGUCGCCAAUUGCUUCCCUGAACAACGAUGAUAACGAGGAGGAAGAAGAGGAGGAGGAAGAGGUCAUCCAGUAUCCGGUCACGCCCCUGCCCCCUGUGAAGUCCACAACCCUCCGCACUAUUAUCCACCCGGACUCGGAGAAGUUCCACAGCAACUCCGGCAUCCAUGUGUCUUUUGGAGCGGAGAACCUGCACCAGACUGGUCACAUUCUGGAGGAGCACGAUGCCGAGAGCGUUCAGCGCCAGGUGGUGGCUCUGCCUCCCUCGGUGUCCUCCAAAUCGGAGGGAGGAUACCUGAGCAACACGCGAGCGGAUUACGGAAGGGAGAACAACUUUGGCCGUGCUCCAGGACCCAUUUCGAAUCUGCUUUUUGGCAGCAACUACCAGCAGUCGCCCAUCAACUACCAGCAGCAACAGCAGCAGCAAUUGCCCACGCAGCACGGCAGCAACUACUUCAGGCCACCGGCGGCUCUGGUGGGUCCUCCACCCAGCUAUCCUAAGCCAGCACCACAGCAGCAGGUGCAGCAGCAACAUCGCCCUAGCAUCACCCAGCAGCAAUUGCCCUCCACCUCCUCGCAGACUAUUUUCAAUAAGCUGGUGCAACAGUCGCAAUACUAUAUCAACCACAAUCAACAGUACCCACAGCAGCAGCAGCAACAUCAUCAGCAGCAUCAACAGCAGCAGCCACAUCACCAGCAACAUCAACAGCAGCCACAGCAACAUCAGCAUCAACAGCAGCAGCAACACCAACAGGCACCGCAGCAACACCUCCAACAGGCACCACAGCAACACCAGCAACAGUCACCGCAGCAGCAGCAGUAUCAAAAGCCUCCACACAAGCAGGUCCAGGUGCCAUUCUUUCCGACAAUUCCGCCAAAAAGCGUGACUCCUGCCCCAUAUCAGCCCGUCAAGUUCCGUCCCACACCAGCACCUGUGUCCCAGGUGAAACCCCUGCCCCUGCCCGUGAAGCUGGACAAUACCAACUACCAGCAACAGCAACACUAUCAGCCGCAGCAGCAACAGAAGUUGCCGCACCAGCAGCAAUCUUAUCAGUUCAUUCGUCAGCCUCAAUUUGUGCAGCAGCCACAGUUCGUGGUGAGGUCACCCACUCCGCUACCAGAAUACUACAGCCAGCAGAAGCAGCAGACACAGCAGCAACAUUCCCAGCAGCAACAUCACCAGAGCGCUCUCAACUACUUCGACAUCAAGCCCUCCAAAGAGACGGAGCUGCUCAAGUCCAUUCCCAAGUUCGAGCAGCACAUCACGGAGACCGUCCACAAUCCGAUUGUUCCCUCGCAGCAGCCACAGGUGCAAUAUCAGCAGCAGGUGCAGCAGCAACACCAGCAGGGGCAGCAGCAACACCAGCAGUUUGCCUAUAGCAGCACGCGGAACGAGGUGAUCCACGAUGUGCCCGCUCCCAAUCUGGGACCCACGGCCCAGCAGCCCAUCUCGGGGCACUAUGUAACGGCUGGAUCAUCGAGUGCCCAGCACUCCCAGCAGCAAUACCACUUCCCCAGUGAAGCUCCUCCGCAGCCACCUGUCUACGCAGAGUCCACUCAUGGCCAGAAGGUGAUGGUGGUGACCCCAGUGCCACCAUCCUCGAACUAUGUGACCUACAGCCAGUAUAACCAAGCCGCCCAUGAGCCGGUGGUCCAUGUGAAUGCCCAGUCGGCAUCUCUGCAGGCUCAGGCCAGCACCAACUUUGCCCAGCAGCCGAGGCAGCCAGCCUCCUCCCUGAUCAGCGCUCCCUCCACAGACAACUCGCCCUUCAGUGUGUCCACCUUCCACUCGGAUGUGUUUAAGGAGCUGGAGCAGCGGAACCAGAACGAUAAGCCGGUGCCCCAUCAGGUGCAACAGCAGGCACCAAAGAUUCCCGCGGCUCCCGUUCCAGUUCCCCAGCCCGCGCCUGUUCCCGCUCCCACAUCCCCUCCUGCUUCCGCUUCACCCAAUGGCAAGGCCUCGCAGACCCUGCUCCAACUGCCCGACGAGGUGCCCGAUGAUCUUCGCCAGCAGCUGUUCUCCUCUGGCAUCCUGAACAAUGCCGACAUCUCCAUUCUGGACUACGACAAGCAGGGAGACAUUGCAUUGGAGAACCUGCCCGCCGAGCAUCUGCAGCACUUCUAUGGAAACGGUGGUGGCGCCCAGAUUGCCGAGACCAACAAGGUUUUGACCGUGGUCAAGCCCAAUGGCGACAAGGUGGCCCUCAGCGAGAAGCAGCUGGACCGCGUGAAGCAGAGCAAUUCGCUGCCUCAGAAACAGGAUCUCGACGUGAAGGUAGUGCGCUACGAUGCCGCCCAGGGUCAGAGUGUGAGCGACAAGUAUGUGCGCACCGAUGCCACCGUGGUGACCCCGGUGGAUUUGGCCGAGCGCCAGCAGUACAACCGCUAUUUGCCCCUGAAGAUCAACGGAGCCCAGUUCCCGAUUCCCGACAGCGAGGAGCUGCUGGGCAAGCGGAUUGUCAGCGUGGUGGUCCUUGCUCCCGUGGAGGCCCAGAAUCCCGGACACGGGAGCAGCGAGGCGCGAAGUGCCAGUGCCGACGGCAAGGAGGUCAAGUUCCUGGGCGGCGAGCUCAUCAAGACGCUGGUGAAGAAGCCCACCAAGGAAAACUUCAAGCGCUGGCUGGAGAAGGAGGCCCGCACGGAUCUGGAGCUGCAGUCCGUCGUCCUGCUGGUGGCCAAAUCCACCGAUGCAUCCGCGGAGCAGGAGAUCUUCAUGUACGACAUUGGAACGGGCAGCAUCAACCGCCUGAACGGGGAGCUCUCCAGCACAUUCGUCAAUGUGGCCGAGGAGAACGCCAGCAGCGAGGAUCUGGAGCACGCCGCCACCUUGGACCCCAGUUCGCUGGAGUCCAUGAUGCAUCUGCGCCGCAGAUAGACAUCGCGAUCGAGUCGAGUCGCCGCAGUCCACAACAAAAUGCCAUUUAGCUACUCAACUAGACAUGAUCAUCGUGCGCCCCUGAAAACCCCUCUUAUGUUUUACUCCUUCCUUAGUUGUUUUUGUUUUCUAUACUUUCCUUACCCUGUCCUCAGGUUGCACAUUUUCCACUCAAAACAAGAGGAGAAACUCGUUUCAUUGAUCACGGCAUUGCAUCCAAUCCUCUCGUAGUAUUUCCA